GAGUAUCAAAGAAAGACCGUGAGUCCAAAAGUCGAAGAAAAAAAAAAGAGAGAGAGUAGGGGAGAAAGGGGGAGAGGACAAUGGUAAUGAGGAAGCUGAACUCUGAGUUGGGUAACUCUGAGUUUAACCUGUAAUUCCACAGUGGUUCAUUUUUUAUGUGGCAAAAUGAAGAUUUUGAGGGAAACAAACUCCCCACAGCACCCUGGAGGCCUGAAACAGCGUGUCAUCAGAAUACUGCUGUACUGUACUGGAGAAAUGCAACAAUUCCACACAUUCAUACAGGAUCAAAUCUUCCCACUGCAGCUGGCUGAGUGGUGUUUGCGUGGGAUCUCGCGGGUGAUUCUGUUAAAUAACCCCGUUAGUGGAGCUGUGAUUCUAGCUGCGCUGCUGCUGGAAAGCCCCUGGCAGGCUAUGCUGGGGGUGCUCGGCCUUCUGGCCUCUACCGUUACAGCUAUAAUGCUGGGACAAGACUGUGAGGAGGUAUCUGGUGGCCUUCAUGGCUUUAAUGGAAUGCUGGUGGCUCUGCUGAUGGGUGUGUUCAGCUCUGCUGGAGAAUGGUAUUUGUGGCUACUGCUGCCUGUGUGCCUCGGUGGAGCUACAACGACGUUUCUGUCUAGUGGUCUGGCUCCGGUACUGGACCGCUGGGAUUUACCAUUCAGCGUCUUCCCCUUUAAUACAGUCAUCCUGCUUUACCUGGCUUGCACUGGCACUUCAACCCCCUAUUUUCCAAACUAUCCUGUCCUGCCACUGGGGGCACCAGAGAGCACCAAUCACACCCAAGUCAAUGUGCCACAGCUCCUGCAGGGGGCGGUACUGGGUGUGGGGCAGAUCUUUGCAUGUGAGACUCUAGGACCAUCACUGCUUAUCCUGGGUGCUGUUCUCCUCUUCUCACCCAUUUUGGCUUUUUAUGCCUUCCUGGGGUCUGUCAUCGGCACUGUGGCAGGUCUCUCUGUGUCAGUACAGCAUCGCUUUCUGUACUCUGGACUCUCAGGGUUUAAUGGUGCUCUGGGUUGCAUGGGUGUGGGAGCAGGAUUCAUCUUUAGUUGGAGAACACACCUCUUAUCUAUAGCAAGUGCUGUUCUUUCAGCGUAUGCUGACAUUGCUUUGAGGAAACUUUUAGCAGUUGUAGAUCUCCCAGCAUCCAGUUGGGCUGCCACACUGACAGGAACACUGAUGCUGUUGCUAACUGGGAAAAACCUCAGAGAAUACAGAAUCCCCACUAGAAAAGUAACGUCACCAGAAUUGAACUUGGACUCACAAGACUUGGACUUGGACUCAGUGGUCUGAGGCCAACACGAAUGCUGCUAAUAUUUGAGGGUCACACACACACACUCAAUGUCUAAUACAGAUAGCUAUAAAACACAGACACAAACACAUUUAAUGUUUAUAUGAGUCAUACAUGCAGUCAUUACAUACAGUCAUAAAGAAAAGUAAGAAAAGUAUCACUGUGCAUAUUAAGUAUUUUCUUUUACAUACUGUAAUAUUUCAGAAUUAAAAAUAGAUCAGAUGUUACCAUAGCACCAUGAGUAAUAUCAAAUAAAUACCUAUGGACCAUACACACACACAAAACAGAGACAGUUUGUGAGAAAUUAGAGAUUGUUUAAUGCUGUAAACAUGUUUCAUUCCAUUAUUACAAAAACUCCAGUUUCACUGUGCUAUAAUCCUUAAAAACAUUAAAUGUAAAGAAUGUAUUACCUGGGCUGAGGCCUCUUUGUAAAUAUGACAAAUUCAACAUUAAAAC